CACAUCUUAAUCCAAAGAAGCCCUAAAUAAAGACCGUCUGUUUCACUUAAAAUGCCUGUAAUGUCAAAACCCUAGCACCAGCUGCUGCUUCAUCGUCUCUGAACUUCAUCUUCUAACGCACGCAGCCGCUGUUGUGUCUCCGUUAGUUUGCAUUUGGAAGAAUGGUGAGAAUCAGCGUUUUGAAUGAUGCUCUUAAGAGCAUGUAUAAUGCUGAGAAAAGGGGUAAACGUCAGGUUAUGAUCAGGCCAUCCUCUAAAGUCAUCAUCAAAUUUCUUAUGGUUAUGCAGAAGCAUGAAUAUAUUGGUGAGUUUGAGUAUGUAGAUGACCACCGAUCUGGAAAGAUUGUGGUUGAACUCAACGGAAGGUUGAACAAGUGUGGUGUCAUCAGUCCUCGUUUCGAUGUCGGAGUCAAGGAGAUUGAAGGAUGGACUGCUAGGUUGCUCCCUUCAAGACAGUUUGGCUAUAUCGUUCUGACAACAUCUGCUGGUAUUAUGGAUCAUGAAGAAGCUAGGAGAAAGAAUGUUGGAGGCAAAGUACUCGGUUUCUUCUAUUGAUAACAUCUUUCGAGAAUUUUUGUUGUCUUAUUACUUAGUGGUUCAUCCAAUGUUUGUUUUUGCAUUUUUUUGAACUCGAGGUAACAUUGCGGGUUGUAUGGUUUAAAAUUAUAUUAAGCGCUAUAUGAUGUUUUAAGUAGUUGAACCUUAAAAGAUAAUCUUGGUAAAUGAUUGUUUAUUACAA